AUGUCUAUCCCUACCGAACAGUUUUCACAUCUGGCUUUUACCGACGACAGUCCCACCCCAAGGCUGCUAGAGGAGAUGGGGUUCGACAACACGACCCUCGAGGAGAGGAAGAUCAUCGUCAGGGAUAUCAUCUCAUCGUUCGACUCUCACGUCCUGCCGGAAGAAUUCAAACCCGACGUCUACGAGAGAAUAACCGAGGCGCAAGCCAAAAGGUCGCCCACUGAGUGGACCAUACGAGAUGACUUUCAUGCGACUCUGAUGCAAUGGGGGUGUCACGACGAGACUGCGUGGACACUGCUGCGUAGAAUUGCUCCCAGGGACCGGGCCCUUCUGUUUAUACAAAAGCUACAGAGGCGAUUCAACGAGCAGUUCGAUCGGUAUGAUACCAAAGUGCACCCCGACAAAGAGCACGCUGCCAGCCGUAUGACAGCGGCAGAACUACGUACAGAGAUUGCUGAGAUCUGCAGCCACCUUCAUGCACUUGCACGUGUUGCCACCAUAGAGGCGGGCCGAUACAACAUCACCAUGCUGCUGCUCGAAGUGUUGGGAAAGGUCUGCGACCGGGACGACGACGUUGAGCCCGCUCGACGCAGCGCACGCCUGUCCACAGAAGAGGCCGGUGCGGGUGCUGAAGUGGUGCCGACUCUGUAUCGUGGCCUGAUCCAGGAUGUCUCGAAAGAUUUCAUGCUUGAUGCCCUAGAUGUUAUUGCGGAAAAGUGGCCAAGAGCGUUGACGACCCGUGAGGCGAAGGCCCAAUUGUCCAAGAUCAACACGGUCCUGCACGACAAGGUUGCUCCACACGAUUACCAAACCAGGUUACAGGCCCUUCUUGCAGGCUAG